UGGGAAGUACCCGUUUUAUCAAUUAGUGGAGAGAGAAGGAGCGCGGUGUUGAACUCUCCGUUCUGAUUGGUCUACACUCCAAACUCGUAAGGCGCAGCGCUCCUAUAUAAACGCAGGCAGACCUGAUGUUGGCUCCAUCUGUCAUGACAGUCAAAGAGACCGUGAAGAGUCCAGUUUAGAGAGACACUGUCGGCACCACUGCUGUACUUGUUCUUCAUUAUUUCCACACACAUCUGUUCUCUUUUCCAGCGCACACGCUUUUGGAGCGAUCUCUUCUUUAUGAAGUACACACAGAGCAGGCGGCGUCUCUUUCCACUGAGUUCCAUCACCUUCUGUGCUGAGAGGACGAUGCCUUUGAGAAGCGGACUUUUCCUCUUGAUGGUGCUGAACGCAUCUGCAUAUGAACUGGACCAGAACGAGUCUUAUGCGCCCAGGAGAGCACGCUUCUCUUCCAACAGCCCUUCAGAUGUGGCACGCUGUCUCAACAGUGCCCUCCAAGUUGGCUGCGGAGCAUUUGCAUGCCUGGAAAACUCAACUUGUGACACAGAUGGCAUGCAUGACAUAUGCAAGUCCUUCUUAUACAGUGCUGCUAAAUUUGACACUCAGGGUAAAGCAUUUGUGAAGGAGAGCCUUAAGUGCAUUGCCAACGGCAUCACGUCAAAGGCAUUCACAACCAUCCGUCGCUGCUCCACCUUCCAAAGAAUGAUAUCCGAGGUCCAAGAGGAGUGUUACAGCAAGCUGGAUAUCUGCACUGUGGCCCGAUCUAAUCCAGAUGCUAUUGGUGAAGUGGCACAGUUGCCAAGUCACUUCCCUAAUAGGUUUUAUGGUAAACUGCUGCAAAGCCUGAUGGACUGUGAUGAGGACACGGUGGAUCGCGUCAGGACUAGCAUGGUGUCACGGCUGGGCCCAGAGAUGACCAUGCUUAUUCAGCUGCUGCAAAGCAAGCCCUGCCCAUCCACUGCUGUGGCUGCAGCUGCCGCCAUCCCAACUGGAGUGGAGGGUCGUGGGAGCUGGCGUUGGUCCAUGGGUCCCCAUAUGUACAAGAUCCAGCCUAAUCUGCGAAACAGAGACCCUGCCAGUCAUCAUUUUGGCAAAAAACGAGCUGCAAGUGACAGCUCUUAACUUCCUAUAAUUAUAGAAAAAAGAAAACACCAAAAAAAAACCCUACCCUUCGAAAACAUCACGAAAGCUCCUCUAAUUCCUAGAGGAAUUUUUAAAAAAUCAAUUCCUCCGCUCGACUGGUUACAAAAAUACUGUAUGGUCCUCUAGGGAAUAACCAUAGAGUUGAUAUCAGAGUUUGAUUGUUGUUAUAUUGUAUAUCUUUCACUUUAGGCUUGAGGGGAAAAAAAACACCCUUCCAUUGACUGUUUCCAAGUGUGCGGGCUCACAGUUAGUGUUGAACAUGUGGCUGUUGCAUCACUGCAACACAAUCCUGUUCACAACUCUUCAACAGAGACCAGUCCUACAGAUUUCUGAUGCAAACAAAAGGAGAAAACAAAAAAAAAGGGUGAGGGUCAAGCCUCUGAGGCACAGAUCCAUCCGUACCUUAAAAGACAAAAACCACAGCCUGGUAUUCCUGACAGCUGUUUGUGUGUAGAAAUGUGUAAUAUAAUUACUAUUAGUAUAUAGAUAAGAGGGUAACAAACUCAUUGAUAGAUGUGUCCAACAUUUCAGCAUUGAGAGCAGUCCAAUUGUGCGCCUGAGAUGUGGAAAUGAGUUUCAUGUCUAUUUUCUGACACAACAUAACACUUAAAAGUACUGUAAACCAAGGCUACGUCCACACUACUACAUUUCAGAUUUAAAAAUGCAUAGUAUCCACACAAGACACUUUUGUUAUCCUCUGCAACACCAUCUUUCUAAUGCAACGAGGGAGAAAUCUGUAGCCACUUGUGUUUUAAUUUAAAAAGCUGUACGGUAACAUUAAGUCUGGACAGUCAGGAAAGGACACAUCUGAGACCUUUGAAAUUGGCCACAGCUUCUUUAUCACGUGUGCUACAAGGCUCAUAUGAAAACAAUAGGCCAAAUAAGGCAAAUUAGAGAAGUAAAUUGGAUGUAGAAGUGCACGGUUGAGGAUUGACUUUAUUGGUUUUAUAUCUUUUUAGUUGACUAAUACCUUCAGUAAACAUUUUAAUGAAGAAUUUAGGAACUCAAUCAGCGUUUUAAAUCCUCCUUAAAUGAGAAAGAUAUCGCUUUUGUAAAAAUAAAUUAAAUUAUGAUCCCAUCCAGAGAAAAGUGUAUAUGUAAAUGAAGCUGCAGCCCUAAUACAAGGCAUGUCCUGUUGGGCAAAACACAGAAUUUAUAACCAUUUAAAUGAUGUGAAUUCAAACAAAAAAAGCAGAUUCAGCUUCCUGUUCACACCAUCCUUAUAUCCCUGUAUAAUCAGGUGGUUGAGGACAUUUUUCAUCUACCAAUGCCAUUUUUAAAUGAAAUCACAGCAGUGUGAAUGUAGCCUCACGUUCACCUAAGACAGCCAUAGCAAGCCCUCUAAAGCAGAGUGCUCAUAUACAGAGUGGGUCUGUAGAGGUUUCAUAAUAACCUUUGAGAGGUUACCUUAAACUGACCAAAAAACUUCAAACUGCCCUGAAUGCUAUUCCUGAAAUACCAAAAUAGCAUCUAGCUAUAGCACUUAUACAUGUCUUUUCUUCUUUUUUUUUUUUUU